UUCAGCUGUUGUUGUUGUUUCCGCGCCCGCUAUUGAUAAUUUAUUCUGUUUUCGCUGCUGUGUUUCAGUUCGAGUUUUUACCUUAAAUAAAACGGUACCUGGAUUUUAAAGCGAGUCAUUAUGGGCAGUACGACAAAGUUGGUGAACGAAUUCUGUGAUAUUAUCGAUUCCUAUGGCGGGCGAGAUAAGGUGAUGAAGGCUCUGUGCUACAGCGCCAAAUUGGUGGCUGGAUACCAUGCCAAGCGGAAUCCGGAUUUGGCCAAGCGAUAUGCCACCGCCAGCUCAAAGAUUUCGGGUGCGAGAGCCACUUUGCGUCUCAUCGAUGACAUUCCUAUGAUCCAGUACGCUUUGGAAUAUGGCUUGGGCGAGAAUGAACCCGAUCGUAUUAUGGCUGUUUUGGGAGUGACGGCCAACAUUGUGGACCUGCUGUAUUAUCCCAUCGAGAAGGUUUGCUGGCUGGCCGAGCACAAGAUUGUGGACGUUAAGAAUGCAGAUAGCUGGGACAAUGUGAACUCGAUAUUCUGGGUUCUCUCGGUGUACCUGAACCUUAUGAGGACAAUGAGGAAUUUUUCACUAAAUCAGGACAAAUUAAAUAGAACCACCAAUAUAAACGAAUUGGAUGUGAAAGCAAUGACGAAGCACCGUCUGGAGAUGGUGUCCAUAGUUCGCAUCUCCCUCGAUUUUGUGCACGCCGUCAGCACGCUGCCCAAGGGAUAUUUGUGGGGCGGCAAGCUGUCCACCUUCCAGGUGGGAGCUAUUGGCACCUUGUCCGCUGGCCUCGGCAUUUAUCAAAUCUUCGCCAAGAGAAGACUGAAUAAGUAGUUGCGCCGUCGUCGCCAUGUUUGCAACCUGUUUACACGUAUUUGUUGAUCAGAAUUUUAAGCUAGUCGGUAACAGUUUUUGUACGUUGAGUUUUUUGUACGGCACUCGCAUGUGUUUAGCCAGUAAGUCCUUUUAAAAAAGCACUAAAAUACACGCUGAAAAAUGGAAAAAACAA